CCGGACACGAAAGGCGAGCAGUGGUUGGUUCGGCAAGUUGUCCGGCAGCCGUUGAACACUAGGUUCUCAUGGCACUUGAAGAGCAGACACAUCGCAGAGGCAAAGCGUGAUGCCCAUUCUUGUUCACAUUCAUAUUUCCAACCAGCAACGAUGAGCAGCCUGCGACAGUUCAAGGCCACGGACCUCUUCAACUUCAACGCCAUCAAUCUGGACUCGUUGACCGAGACGUACAACAUCUCCUUCUACCUCUCGUAUCUCGCGCGCUGGCCCGACCUGUUCUCGGUCCAAUGCACCCCGUCCUCCACACUGAUGGCCUACGUGAUGGGCAAGGCCGAAGGCACCGGCACAGACUGGCACGGACACGUUACUGCGAUCACAGUAGCACCCGAGUACCGUCGUCUGGGGCUCGCACAGGGGAUGAUGGCACUACUGGAACGUGUGUCUGAAUAUCCUUAUGAUGGCUAUUUCGUUGAUCUCUUUGUGCGGCGGUCGAAUAAAGUCGCGAUUGAGAUGUAUACCCAAUUGGGGUAUUCGAUCUAUCGGACCGUGAAGGGAUAUUAUAAUGGCGAGACUACCGAGGAUGCCUUUGAUAUGCGGAAACCGCUGAAGAGAGACGUCGAUCGGAAGAGUGUCCGUGAGAACGGAGAGUCGUUUAUAGUAGAACCGCACGAAGUACAAUUCUAGCACAGAAUACAGAGAUCGGACCCCUCCUUGUCGUAUGAGGAAUGGAACCAUUCAUUAUGAAACAGACGUCAGUCUUCAGC